AUGACUGGACCUUCUCGAUCGCAGACGAAACCGAAAAACCAGGCUGUCAGGCGAGCUCAAAUCUCUUUCAGUACAGAAGCUCGCGCUGUAAACACCCAGGUAGCAUCAAACCCUUCCAGCGACCUGAGUCCUCCGACGCCACUGAAGGCGUCGAUCACCACAAGAGACUGGACACUGGAGGGACUCAUUGCAAAAGGCAAACGAUUUCGCGAGAUCCCACGAGUAUCUGCCCAACAAUCCGGAGAUGUCUUGAAAGGAACUAUAGAGAAACACGAACAAAGUGGUGUGCCGCUAAUAAUCGAAGGGUGGCACAAGCAUCACAAAUGGUCGUCAGACAUAUUUGAUGUGCAUUGGCUCGAGAAACACCACGGCAACGAUACUAUCCUAACGCGCAACGUUCACGAUCGAAGAGACAAGGAGCUUCCUGUCGCGGAAUUUUUGAAUAAAUGCCGUGAGACAGAGCCUUUUGCGAAACCAGACGAGACUGAACGGCUAUACGGCAAGGAUGCAGCAUGCCCCCCACAGUGGAAAGAUUGGCUAGACUCUCGAGUCUUGCCAGCUUCUUUACUUCCCAGCGGAGAUAACGAUCUAAUGCAACAUUUGCCUCGAUCUGGGGAGGUAGAAUCUCUGCUGUGCUAUCACGGGGUUGGUGAUACCUUCACGCCCUGUCACAAAGACUUAUGUGGAUCAUCGGGGCACAACCUCAUGUGCUAUUCCGAGAAAGGUGGUUCUUCCUUCUGGUUCAUGACCGCUUCCCAGACAGCUCCGGAGGUCGCCGAUUAUUUCCAAAGCGAACUUGGACAAGAACUAGAUUGGGAAGGACAUGUGGCUACCGUCAAUGAACUUGCGCGGGCACCAUUCCCGGUCUACAUUGGCGAGCAGAAGCUAGGGGACUUGAUCCUUGUCCCACCACGGAGCUGUCACCAGGUCGUCAACUAUGGCGGUCUUACUAUGAAGAUCUCCUGGUCAAGGAUGACGGUGCGGGGUCUGGGCAUAGCAUUACAUUAUGAAUUGCCCAUAUACCGACGGGUAUGUCGUCCCGAACAAUACCGAGUGAAAUCAGUCCUCUAUCGAUCGCUACUG